GCUUCCCAUGUGUUUAUUGAUAGGAGUCUUUGUUUCGCCGAAAGGUUAACAUAACAGGAGAGUAACACUACUCUUCUCUCUCUCUCACAUACGCAUUUUCAAUUUACACGCACACUUGCCUCAACCAAUCGCGCCUCACCACCGUCUCUUUCAAUUCCUAAUCUCUCUCAUUUCGUCUCUGAAUUUUCUUCGUCUGUUCAAACGACGUCGCUUAGGUCAAUGAUCACCUGCUCCAUUUUCUCGAUUCGCUACGCAAUUCGGUAGUCUAGGGUUUUGAAUACGAUUCUUUCGGAGCUCAAUUUUCUCCAUGGAUGGUGGUAAUUCCAGCUCGGAGUUGUACCGACCAUGUGUACAACAAGCACAUAGUCUAAGUUUCGAUGGAAGUACCGGAACAUCCAUGGGGUUACAAGGUUCGGAACAGUGUAGUUCCGUGCAGUAUAUGGACGAUUUUCAGCUGGUCGGAGUUCCGGCUGCGGUCACCGGAGGUGCUCCGAUUACGGUAGCUGUAGAUGGCAGGACUUCAGUUGCAAACGUGAUCGGCGACGGCGUCGAGAAGCGGAAGCGAGGGCGGCCGCCUCGUUUCCACACGACGCUGGCAAAGCCUCCGCCGCCAAAGAAACCGCGAGAAGAGGACGAAGAUGUUUGCUUCAUAUGUUUCGAUGGUGGUUCUCUUGUACUUUGCGAUCGCAAGGGGUGUCCAAAGGCAUAUCAUCCAGCUUGUAUUAAGCGGGAUGAGGCAUUUUUUCGCUCCAAGGCAAAAUGGAACUGCGGUUGGCAUAUUUGUAGUGUGUGCCAAAAAGCUUCCCACUACCUGUGCUAUACUUGUACGUAUUCAUUGUGCAAGGCAUGUACAAAAAAUGCUGAUUACUUGUGUGUUCGAGGAAACAAGGGUUUUUGCUCGACGUGCAUGAGAACUAUCAUGCUUAUUGAGAACAAAGACCAGGCAAAUAAGGAAAUGGUUCAGGUAGAUUUUGAUGACAAAAGCAGCUGGGAAUAUCUCUUUAAGGUGUAUUGGGUAAUCCUAAAGGAAAAACUAUCAUUAACACUCGAUGAACUUCUUCAAGCUAAAAAUCCAUGGAAAGAAUCAGAUGCAGUACAUGGUAAGCGGCAGCUAAUGCCUUAUGGUCAUUAUGUUGCAAAUGAUGGCAAAAGUGUUGCAGUACAUGGUAAGCGGCAGCUAAUGCCUUAUGGUCAUUAUGUUGCAAAUGAUGGCAAAAGUGUUGCAGUACAUGGUAAGCGGCAGCUAAUGCCUUAUGGUCAUUAUGUUGCAAAUGAUGGCAAAAGUGUUGCAGGCAAGUCAUUUGACUAUAUAGAGCAGAAGAAACCCAUAGAACCGUUAGAACUAUCUAAAAAGGAUCCUCCAACUGCUGAAAUCCGAGCAGUUUCAGACUCUGGUAACGCGAGCAUUCUCAGUUCUACUCCUCUUUUAGAGCUAACCAAGCCUGUUCAAGAGUUAAAGGUUCAGAAUGAAGAUUGUUUGAGGUCAAAACAGGAAAGCACUGUUGCGGAGACAUCAGUGAACGGAUGCAUGGAGUGGGCGUCAAAGGAGCUUUUGGAUUUUGUUGCACAUAUGAAGGAUGGUGAUACCUCUGCUAUAUCUCAGUUUGAUGUCCAGGCACUUUUGCUCGACUAUAUUAAGAGAAAUAAUCUUCGAGACCCUCGAAGGAAGAGCCAAAUAAUUUGUGAUUUGAGGCUCAAAAGCCUUUUCGGAAAGCCACGCGUUGGCCACAUAGAAAUGCUGAAGCUUCUUGAGUUUCACUUUUUGAUAAAGGAGGAGUCAAAGAAGAGUGCUUUUAUACCAGCUGGAAUUGUCGGAACAAUGACUAGCCAUGUGGAACCUGAUGAUAGUAAUGAUAUUUCUUCAUCUAAAAAACGUAGAACUCGUAAAAAUGGUGAAGUAAAAAUGACCCAGAUUAAUCUGGAUGAAUAUGCUGCAAUUGAUGCUCACAAUAUAAACUUCAUAUAUUUGAGGCGUGAUUUGAUGGAAACUCUUGCUGAAGAUGUGGAGAAGUUCCAUGACAGAGUUAUUGGGUCAGUUGUCCGCAUAAGAAUACCUGGCAACGAUCAGAAGCAGGAAAUCUACAGGCUUGUCCAUGUUGUAGGUACAAGUAAGUCAUCUGAGCCAUAUAAGAUUAGAGAUAAGACAGUUGAUGUAUUACUUGAAGUAUUGAACUUAGACAAGAAAGAAGCCUUAUCCAUUGAUUCUAUUUCAAAUCAAGAUUUCUGUGAGGAUGAAUGCAGAAGACUACGUCAGAGUAUAAAAUGUGGGCUUGUGAAACGGCUUACUGUAGGUGAGAUACAGAAGAAAGCUAUGGAACUCCGGGCAGUAAAACUCAAUGAUUCCCUGGAAGCAGAGAUAUUGCGCCUCAAUCAUCUUCGUGAUAGAGCAAGUGAGAAGGGGCACAAGAAAGAGCUCAGAGAAUGUAUAGAGAAGUUAGAGCUUCUGAAGACACCUGAGGAGCGCCAGCGGAGGCUACUGGAAAUUCCAGAAGUGCAUGCUGAUCCAAAGAUGGACCCAGAUUAUGAAUCUGAGGGAGAUGAUGGAGGAUCCAAUUACAAGAGAAAAGUUGAGUAUCUGGCACCAAGAUGCACUAGAAUUAGUAGAAGGGAUGAAAAACUUAUGUCUUCAGGAAGUCUAGCUAAAGAAGAGGGAUCUAUCAUGGCUCGAUGUAGAAUGAGUGAGAAAAGAGAAGCUUGUGGAUAUAAUAUCUUGGACAAGCUAGGAAAUCGACUUACUGCUGAACAGGCCGUCGAUAGGUCUGGAUCUGAAACUUCAAUUGCUAGUUUCUCUACGGUGAACUUGUCAUCCGCUAACAGUAUUGAAACUGACAAACUGUGGCAUUACCGAGACCCUGCUGGUAGAAUCCAAGGACCAUUUUCCGUUAUGCAGUUGAGGAAAUGGAAUACAUCAGGGCUUUUUCCUCCUGAAAUGAGGAUAUGGACAAAUCAUGAGCAUGACGACUCGAUACUUUUAACGAAUGCGUUAAAGGGGCUUUUCCAUAAAGAACCUCAAGUGCAUGGUCAGACAUCAAGCCAGUCACAGGAACCAGCUGCCUCGGAUAGUAGAACUAGUGUUAGGUGGUCUGAGACUGCUACUGGCUCAGGGGGAGAAUGUGGAAAAAGAGAGGCUCCUGGGCACCCCCACAAAGCAAAUUAUCAUUCAAACGGUAACACAGAGUUUACGAUGAUGAAUGGGUUAUCCCCUUCUUCUCCACAAUGCUUGGAUUCAUUGAAGGGAAAUAGUUCUUGUUCUGACAAACCCCAAUUGUCGAGCCCUGUCCCUUCAUCUAGUCAGCGGGAGGUGAUUUUAGCUCUUCCACGUCAGGAAAGAGGAAAUGCAAAUGAUAAUUGUCGUCCUGCUACAGAUCAUGGAACUCAGAAUUCACGUGGAAGCGCAAUGUGCCAGAUAAAUGAUGGUUGUGGUCAUAAUACACAGUCUAACAGCCGGAAUUUAGGCUCGUCUUUGGCGCAGAACCCAGGAUCCUUUACCAGUAAUAGAUAUACAAUUAACCUGGAUUCUGGAUCUAGAUUUGCUUCAGCUACCAAAUCAAGUGAUUCAUUUGAACAGAAAGGAAACAUGAGUCUUCCAGACCUACCUAGUCCUACUCCAGAGACAAGCUAUGGUGAACUUGAAGCUCAGGCUGCUGAGAAACUGCUUUUGUUGAGUUCUGUUAUUCCUGUUUGUGGUUCAGAUAAUCAUGAUUUGCCAAGUCCGACCCCUAUUUCAGACCGUGAAACUCAAGGCGGGCAUGCAGCUGAAAAUAGAGAAUCUGUUCCAUCAAGUCUUCCUGUUCAGGAAUCAGGCCAUAAUUGGAGCAGUGCUUCUAGUUUAGUGGUUGGUGGAGUCCAACUUCGCGAAAUAGAUGGAUGUGGUAGAAGUUCACCAGCUGCAAAACCAUCUAUUGAAGAAUGGGAUUCUGGUAUCGUCUCUGCUUCCUCACAGAAACCAGCUGAAGCAGUGGGUAAUAAUGUUGCCACACCUAUGUCAAAUGCAAACCAACUUACUGCAAAACCAUCUACUGAAGAAUGGGAUUCUGGUAUAGUUUCUUCUUCGACACUGAAACCGGCUGAAGCAGUAGGUAAUCAUGUUGCCUCACCUACUUCGAAUGCGGACCAACUUACUGCAAAACCAUCUACUACUGAAGAAUGGGAUUCUGGUCUUGUCUCCGUUUCCUCACCAAAACCAGCUGAAGCAGUGGGUGAUCAUGUUGCAACGCCUACUUCAAAUGCCGACCAACUUAAUCAUACUUCCCCAUCUCAUCCAGUGUCAAACUUUUUUGGCGAGCCUAUAGAGUUCAGCACUUUGGCUGAGGAAUCAGUGUCAGACCUGUUGGCUGAAGUUGACGCCAUGGAGUCUCAAAAUCAAAAUAAUAUGGGUUCCCCUACUUCUGCCAUGAGGUGCGGUGAGGAGAUGAUACCUGGUUGCAGAAAUGACUGCUUUAGCCCGAUUGAGGAGCUGGGUCGUACACAUGAUCCUGUAAGAAGUGAUGCCUUGAGCUCCACCGGAGAUCUACAAUUACCUUGUCAAUCUACUGUGACGGAUGAAACAGUUGGGGCAUCUCGAGCUGAUGCAUUUGAUCCAUUAAGGAGGUCCGGUGGAAAUUCAUCUACGAGUAGUGAAGGAGAAACCAAGUCCGCUGAUGUUUUGUUUUCCCAGGGGGACGCUGGGUCCAAUAUACCUUGUACCAUUAGUCAAACUACUGCAUUUUCUGCUAUGGGUCGGAAUACAGGGUUGGAAGGUAUGACGAGUGGCCGUGGGGCAGCACCUGGAAACACGAUAUGGGGUGGACCAGUUCAGGGAUAUGCAAAUGUUGGUUUUAGCAGCAGCAUGGGAGCUGCAUGGGGAAAUUCACAUAUGAAUCGAGGCGCCCCUUUCACUGGGAAUCCAGUGUGGGAUAGCCAGCGGAGGUAUGCAGGGGAAAGGUCUGGUGGUCCGAGAGAGUGGGCUCUUCAAGGAGGAGAGUCGGGAUUUGGUAGGGGCAGGUCAUCUUGGAACAGACAGCAGCCAUAUGGUGGUGGAGGAUACUCUAGGCCUCCUCCCAAAGGACAGCGAAUUUGUAAAUUUUAUGAGAGUGGGCGUUGCAAGAAGGGGUCGUCUUGUGACUAUCUACACCCGUGAAGGUGUAAACUGAAGGCAAUUGCUUUCUUUUUGUAUAAUCAGAAAUUCUUUUAAGAAAUUGACAUGUAGCUAAAACGUUAGUAUAAUUUAACUGAAAAGUUUCAGUUAAAAAUGGCAGAAUGCAAUUUUUUUCUUCCGGACCAGUGUGUUAAGUAGGUGAAAUUUACGUGCAGACCUAAAUAGAAUACUACUUAUAUUUGUAUACAUUUCAACAUGUUAUUUUUGAUAAGGAAGACUAUCGGCCAUUUGUAGAAGC